UUCAUUUUUAUAAUGAAUGAGGGAAGUGAGAACGGAUUUUUAGACAACACGUGUAGUCAGCAGUAAGAUAAAAAACAAAACAAAAAAACAUCCGAAAUCUUUCAAGAUCGAAGUUGUGAAGCGUUAAGAGAUUUGGGAAAGGAGCUUCACUCAGAGGAGAGUCUCCGGCGCCCUCUAGUGAUCCGUGAACAAGCUGCUGGUUUACAGAGCCAUCAUGAGUAACAAGGAGCCAAUGGAGCAGCCCAUGAGCCAGGGCAAGUUCAAUGAGUUGUGGGAGGACAUAACGUUUAGAGAGCUGAUCAUGGAGCUUCCUCGAGCAAACAGUGAUGCUUGGCUUAGUGCUGCGCUGCCUGAUGGCCCGUUGACUGAGGACUUUGAUCUGGAUCUCCCGGUGAACAAUGAUGGUGAUGUUACACCUGCUGUGGAGGCACCAGUUGUGGAAAACCAACCCCCUUCUGCCACUGUAGUCCCCACCACCACAGACUAUCCGGGCGAAUAUGGCUUCCAGUUACGCUUUAAUCAGUCCAGCACUGCAAAAUCUGCCACAUCCACUUAUUCUCCAUUGCUGAAUAAGCUGUAUUGCCAACUGGCCAAAACUUGUCCUGUGGAUCUGCUGGUUGACAGAGAGCCGCCUCCUGGAGCUGUGCUAAGAUUAACUGCAAUUUAUAAAAAAUCGGAGCAUGUUUCGGAGGUGGUAAUCCGCUGCCCGCACCACCAGAGCGUUGCUGAGAACAAUGAAGGUGUUUCUCAUCGUAGUCAUCUCAUCCGUGUGGAGGGCAAUCAGAGAGCGCAGUACCAUGAGGACAUACACACUAGAAGACAUAGUGUCACGCUGCCCUAUGAGUCCCCACAGCUGGGUUCAGUAGGAACCACCAUUUUACUGAACUAUAUGUGCAACAGUAGUUGCAUGGGGGGGAUGAAUAGGAGGCCAAUCCUGACCAUCAUGACCCUGGAGACAUACAAUGGGCAGGUUCUUGGGCGGCAGUGUUAUGAGGUCCGGGUUUGUGCCUGCCCAGGCCGUGACCGCAAAACUGAGGAAGAGAAUCUGAAGAAGAUUACUGGGGAGAAGGCUACUGGGACAAAGAGAAAGCAUCAGGAUCAGUUGAAAGAGCCACCUACACCUAAUCCUGAAUCCAGUAAGAAGAUGAAGUCUGACUCCAGUACUGAUGAUGAUGAUCUAUACGUACUACAUGUGCGAGGUAAAGAAAGAUAUGAGAUGUUAAAAAAGAUAAAUAGUAGUUUAGAGUUGAUGGACAUGAUGCCUGUGGGAGAUCAAGAAAAGUAUAGGCAAAAAAGAUCUCACAGAACCGCUUCCAAGAAUGAGCAACCCUGCAUUCAGCCGAAGAGUGGGAAGAAACUGCGCUUGAAAGCAAAAAGCGAUUCUGAGAACAUGUCUUAAAAAUGUCAUGCUGUUACAUUUUUGGUUUACCAAAGUGGUUGAACCCAUGAGAUCAGCUUUUUUGUAUUUAGCUGCCACAGUUUAAGAUUUGUAUAAAGUUAUUAGUGAAUUUUGUUCAGUUUUUUACAUUCCUGAUUUAUUUUAAUUGUUUUUCGUUUCUUAUAAUUAAGUAAAAUUGUCUAAUUUUCUAUAUUUUCCAUCUUUAUCAGUGUAUGCUCAUGCCAAGACACACCUUUACAGCCUUCCAGUAUCGCCAGAAUUUGCAUGCAUUUAUUCACACAUGCAAAGUUUCAUUUUUCCUCUUAUCUUUUUGUAAAGCCAGAGAGAAUACAUAAAAAUAAAAGGUAUUGAUUUUUUUUGUGAAGAAGCUUAUUUGAUCCGAUGCAUGAAACAGGAAACCCCCUAACACAUCCAUGAGCACUGUACAAUGGAGAUCUUGUAAAAUAAAAAAGGGUUUGUUUAUAAUGGUCUUGAAAUAAUCUGUAAAGCAGGUAAAUGGUGAAUGUUGGCUCUUUUUCAUUGUUUUGUUGGAGUCAAUCUAUACAUGGCCCCAAAAGCGUCACAAAAUAUGACCAAGUCAUAUAUGACCAAUAUGUAAAACUAAGUGGCCAAACGCUUUCAAAUA